AAAUAAAAUUGCGAACUUCUUCAAUAUAACUCCUUAGGCAUACAUCUAUAGCUCUGUAUUUUGGUAUCCUCUUUAUUUCCCUCUUUGACAGUUUACCUACAUAAAUAUUCAUCCGAUGUUCCCGAAACUAUAACUAUUAAUUUGACUCAUGGUCUCUCUUACAUAGCCCUAGCUUGAGUCCUUACCUAACAAUCCCUUCCUCCGAGAGCCUACGCGCCAACUAUCCACACGACCCUAUACGAUCCAACAGUCCACGAUGAUUAAACCCCCAAUCAUAUCACCAUGAUUGUAAGAGUAGUCUCUCGGGCUACCGCCACCUAUCCGAACUGCCUGGGCCUGAAUAGAUACCAAUUAAGCCCAUGGAUCUCAUCACCUUCACGAAGCAGCACGCGAGUAUUCACGACAUCCCAAUGUCUCUUACGAACCCCACAACCCGGCCCUCCGCAGGGCGCGAAGACAGCGCCAAAUGCGCAACCGAAUACGACGAAGUUAAUUCCGAAUCCCCCGAAGAAGCCGGCGAGUGCGCAGAAAGACCCUCUUGCUACCGAUGAGAAGAGCGCGCAAGAGCAGCGCAGGGCUGAUUGGACUAUAAUGAAAGAGAUGGCUCAUUACCUGUGGCCCAAAGAUAGCGUGAGCACCAAAUUGCGCGUAUCGCUGGCUGUGGCGCUUCUUAUCGGGGCUAAGGUGCUGAAUGUGCAAGUACCUUUCUACUUCAAGAGCAUUGUGGAUGCCAUGAAUAUCGAUGUGGGGGCUACAGGCGGCACUGCUGCCAUGAUCGCGGGAAGUAUGAUUGUGGCAUACGGCGCAACACGAAUAGGGGCCACUGUAUUCCAAGAACUGCGAAACGCCGUAUUCGCUUCCGUGGCGCAGAAGGCUAUAAGAAAAGUUGCUUGCAACGUCUUUGACCACUUGCUACGCCUCGACUUGAGCUUCCACCUUUCCAAACAGACUGGUGCCCUGACGAGGGCUAUCGACCGAGGUACCAAGGGCAUUAGUUUCCUACUUACCAGCAUGGUCUUUCACAUAUUCCCGACAGCACUGGAAAUUGGCAUGGUUUGCGGUAUUCUAACAUGGCAAUACGGCGCGAAAUAUGCCGCCAUAACGGCCGUCACUAUGACUGCGUACACUGCUUUUACAAUAUGGACCACUGCCUGGAGAACUAAAUUCAGAAGACAGGCUAACGCUGCGGACAACAAGGCUUCAACAGUACAAGUUGACUCCUUGCUCAACUACGAAGCUGUAAAAUACUUCAACAAUGAAAAGUUCGAAGUCGCUCGAUACGACAAGGCGUUGACUGAGUAUGAGAGAAGCUCCAUUAAAGUCGCAACAUCUUUAGCCUUCCUAAACAGUGGCCAAAACAUUAUCUUCUCAAGUGCUCUAACAGCUAUGAUGUACCUCGCCGCCAACGGCGUAGCAAGUGGCUCUUUAACUGUCGGUGACUUGGUUAUGGUCAAUCAGCUCGUCUUCCAGCUCUCCGUACCUCUAAACUUCUUAGGCUCGGUGUACCGAGAACUCAGGCAAUCUCUUCUUGACAUGGAGACAUUGUUUAACUUACAAAAGGUGAAUGUUAGCAUUAAGGAGCUCCCCGAUGCGAAAGCACUGGCACUCUCAAAGGGCGGCGAGAUCAAAUUUGAGAAUGUCAACUUUGGAUAUAAUGCGGAUCGGUCCAUUCUUCGAGAUCUUACCAUGACAAUACCCGCGGGUAAGAAAGUCGCUAUCGUAGGACCAAGUGGAUGCGGAAAGUCCACGUUACUGAAACUUCUUUUCCGAUACUACGACGUCGACAACGGGCGCAUUCUUAUCGAUGACCAAGAUGUUCGCCAUGUUACACUCGAAUCGUUGCGAAAAUCGAUUGGCGUUGUUCCACAAGAUACCCCUCUAUUCAAUAACACGGUGGGACAUAACAUCAAAUAUGGCGAUAUGUCAGCACCUGAAUCGAAAGUCAUAGCUGCUGCGAAACGCGCUCAUAUCCACGAUAUCAUCUCGAGUUGGCCUACCGGAUACGAGACUAAAGUCGGUGAGAGGGGUAUGAUGAUUAGUGGAGGGGAGAAGCAACGUCUUGCAGUUUCUCGAUUAUUAUUGAAAGAUCCCCCUCUAUUAUUCUUCGACGAGGCCACCAGUGCGCUAGACACGCACACCGAACAGGCGCUUAUGCAGAACAUCAACAGUAUCCUUCGAGAAAAGGCGAGGACAAGUGUUUUCGUGGCCCAUCGAUUGCGGACUAUUUAUGACGCUGAUUUGAUUAUUGUGCUGAAAGAGGGAAGAGUCGCCGAACAGGGUACGCAUAAGGAGCUGAUUGACCGUGGAGGCUUGUACUCGGAACUCUGGAGUGCACAAGAAACGCUGUUUGAUGCCGAUGGGGCGGAAAGAGAAGGGGCAGUUAGCGACGAAGUGAACCCCGAAACGAGUUCUAAUAAAGAACAACCCCGACGAUAAUGGCUUUAUGAACCACACGUAAGCUUUGGAAGGAUGAAGCUCCAAUCCCAAGAGCGUAGUCCCACCGAUGAGGCUGCUUUUGAAAAUGCGCCCAACUGCGAUAUGAAGGUAUCACCUGCGGUGAACAUGUACGAUGGUUAGAGGGUUAAUUGGCUAUUGUGUAGAUCUCAAUAACAUAAAAAGGAUCACAACUCAAAUCAACAGUUGUGGGUAUGUUCAGGCUUUAAGACCUCUAUUUGGAACUUUUAUCAACUCUGUGAUGCUCAUACCCCAUUUCCCGCAUGGGAAAGACUUUAGCCCAGAGUCAAGCGUUUAAGUAAACUCUAAUGACUUUUGAACCAUUUUGAUAAUCAGAAUUUGAAU